AUGAGUGGCCUACUCUACUUUCCCAAGUUGAGAACAACAAUGGUCGACUCCACCUCAUUGCUUGCGUUGACUUUAGGUUUUCUCAUCUUUGCAUUAACGAUGAAGCGUAAGGAGACGAUGAAAACCGUGUCAAUGUCUUCUUACAUAAGAAACCUUCCUCUCCCUCCCGGACCAAAGCCUUGGCCUUUGAUCGGAAGCCUACCGGAAAUAUUCCGGAUCAACAAACCUGUGUUCCGGUGGAUACAUUCACUCAUGGAAGAACUCGACACCGAUAUUGCAUGUAUACGUCUCGCCAAUACUCACGUGAUCCCCGUGACAUCACCGCGGAUUGCACGGGAGAUUCUGAAGAAGCAAGACUCCAUUUUCGCCACUAGACCGCUAACUAUGGGCACGGAGUACUGCAGCCGCGGGUACUUAACCAUUGCGGUGGAGCCACAAGGCGAGCAGUGGAAGAAGAUGAGGAAAGUGGUCGCAUCUCACGUGACGAGUCAGAAGAGCUUCAAUCUGAUGCUUGAAAAGAGAACCGAAGAGGCCGAUAACCUCGUUCGGCACAUCAAUAACCUAUGUGUCAAAAACCGCGGUGAUGGAAAUGCUUUUGCAAUCAUUGAUUUAAGGCGUGUGGUGCGGCAAUAUAGCGGGAAUGUAGCUCGGAAGAUGAUGUUUGGUAUAAGGCAUUUCGGAAAAGGAAGUGGAGAUGGAUCGGGGCCAGGACUAGAAGAGAUUGAGCAUGUUAAUUCUUUGUUUACGGUUGUAGCACAUCUUUACGCCUUUGCCUUGUCGGAUUAUGUCCCGUGGCUACGGUUCUUGGACUUGGAAGGCCAUGAGAAGGUUGUGAGCAGCGCAAUGAGGAAUGUAAGUAAGUAUAAUGAUCCUUUUGUUGAUGAAAGACUCAUGCAGUGGCGUAAUGGCAAGAUGAAGGAGCCUCAAGAUUUUCUCGACAUGUUUAUUAUGGCGAAAGACAGUGACGGGAAGCCUGCUCUGUCAGACGAAGAGAUCAAAGCACAAGUGACGGAACUAAUGCUGGCGACGGUGGAUAAUCCGUCUAAUGCGGCGGAGUGGGCCAUGGCGGAGAUGAUUAACAAGCCAAGGAUCAUGCAAAAAGCCGUGGAGGAGAUCGAUCGCGUAGUCGGGAAAGACCGUUUUGUCCUUGAAUCCGACCUCCCGAAUCUCAACUACGUGAAGGCUUGUGUGAAAGAGGCGUUCCGAUUACACCCCGUGGCACCGUUUAACCUCCCUCACAUGUCGACCUCCGACGCAGUGGUGGACGGUUACUUCAUCCCCAAGGGAAGCCACGUAUUGAUUAGUCGUAUGGGGAUCGGGAGAAACCCUAACGUGUGGGACAAGCCUCUUAAGUUCGACCCUGAGAGACAUUUGGGCAAUAACGAAAGCGUGGAGCUGAACGAUCCAGAUCUUAAUCUAAUAUCGUUCAGCACGGGACGAAGAGGGUGCAUGGGUGCGAACAUCGGAUCGGCCAUGGCGUACAUGUUGCUGGCUCGGUUGAUUCAAGGGUUCACGUGGUCAUCAAUGCCUGGUGAGGGUAAAAUUGACAUUUCGGAAAGCAAGUGUGAUCUUUUCAUGGCAAAACCUUUACAUGCAGUUGCAACACCUCGAUUCGCGGAGGAAAAAGAGUAA